AUGUCUCGUCAUAACAGCUCUCUGGCAGCAUCACACGCCUCAUAUAUCGUCCGUGUCCACACAAGACAUGGCAUCAAGACCCUGUCCUUUGACAUUCUUGCCGAUCUAUUCACGUGCACCGCCAAGAAAGCCGCUGACGAUCUCGGCAUCAGUAGCCGCACGCUCAUUCGUGUGUGUCGUUCAUUAGGUAUCCGACGCUGGCCAUACCUAGGCUUCCGAAGCGAGAAGAAUGUCGAGCGGAUCCGUCUAGAAGCUCUGGAGAACCUGAGACGCAAGCUCGAAAAGGAAGGUGAGUCGUUGCCCACGGCUGUACUUCACUCCAAUGCUCCCAGCCUUCGUGGCGCCAGCGCCAAACGUUUGCUACAAGUGAAAACCUCCCCGUCAGUUCUCCCGUCACUGUGGGCAACGGCACCAUCCAAAGAAUCCGUUGGGCGUUCGAACUCCUGGUGCUCCUCCCCAACACUUUCCAACACCACCACCAAUGUUUCUGACGAUGAUGAACGCAUGUCCGAGUCAGAUGAGAGUGGUUUCAUGACCAAUGCAUCGAUGACUCCGCAGGCUACGACACCCUUUCCCCCUCCGUUCUCGCUAGCAGCAUCAUUGCUGACACCAUCAGCAACGACACACGGCGACCUUCAUCGUGUCAGCCCAAGCAAGGAGGCAGGCGUCACCUUCUCGACUGCGAGUUCUUGUCUGAAGAACAAUCCCUGGAGAGCGCCAAGAAACCCUGCGCAAGCCGACACUCUUUCCAGACCGGCGCCGUCUCCUAUGCCGUCCUUAAACUUACUCGUCGAUGCAUUCAUCCUCACAAGCUUCCAAAGUGACAUGCCAUCAAUGCGGACCAUUUACGAGAGCAGCACCCAGCAGCCACGACAGCCGCACACUCGCACUCGCACAAUGUCGAUGCAGGAUAUUCUGGCAUUGGGCCACUGA